UUCAGUUCGUUGCUGACCAACGUAACGUGCGGACGUGCCCAGCUCGCCUCCACAAACGAACCAAAAACAAAAAGAAGAAAGAAAAUUUGAACAAACCGAAAUAAAACAGAGCAGCGAGGCGAAAUACAGUGCAAAUUUUAACAUUUAAUGUUCAAAGGUUGUGAACCACACAGCAACAACAGCAACAACAAUAACGAAAAAUAAAUAUAUACGAUAGCAGCAGCAACGACAAUAACAAGAACAACAACAGCAACAACAACGACGGUUGCAUUUGACAACAAACGCCUAGCUGGCAACAUCUUCUUGGAAGCAAACGCUCUGUGAGAGCAACAACAAUAGCAACAGCAAAAGCAACAGCAACAGCAGCAGCAGCAGCAGCGGCAGCAACAAUGACAGCGACGCCGACGUCGACGUCGGCUGCGGCGAGAAAGCAACCUGCAAAUAGCGCGUUGCUCCGCGAAGCUUUUACGGUUAAGCGGCUUUUAGCGACCUUUGUCAUAUGCACACUGCUCAACACAAGUCAGGCUCUGGAGCUGGGUGACAAGUGCCAGCAUGACAUGGACUGCACAGAUUUCAUCAAGGGCAGCAGCUGCUCAGCGCUGGGCUACUGCGAGUGUGCGCCCUACUUUGUCCAACUGGACUCCAAGCGCUGUCUGUCAUCUCAACUACUGGGCGGCGAUUGCCAGGUGAGCGAACAGUGCUCAAUGAAGGUGGCAAACAGCAGCUGCUUGGACGGUGCCUGCCGCUGCGUCGAGGGAUUCUUGCAGUUCCGCAAGCACACAUGUCUGGGACGUAAGUAUCAGACAACUGUUGAUCAAUUGUGGCCCUAA